CUAACCCACUAUCUUGAUCCUUCAUUUGUGUGGUCACUCUGGAAUCGUGACUCCAAUUCAAGCUUCAUUUCAUACCUCAAUCUGUUCAAUACCAUUUGGUUGAUCUAAGCUUACUCGAGCAUGUAACUGUUGGCUGCCCAACAGGGUGCAGCGGGGCUGGAUGGUUUGGUUGAACCACUUCCAAACGGCCCAGGGUUUCUGGACGAUGGUGGAUUUAGAGCGCCGUAUGGCACCAGUCAACCACCGAGAUCCGUUGAAUGCAGCCAUAAGGCGGCUUCGUUCCGAUACUUGGAACCCGGCAUCCUUUCGGAGGGCGCACGCCAAGAUGCAGAUAUGUGCUGGUGGCUGCCUUGCACAAGCAAGUGCUCAGCCCCAAGCCACAAGAUCAAUAGCGCGGCUCGCGUGGAUACCUCGAAAACAGCUCCCGUCAGUUCGUCUGUCCCGACUUAACUCUUGCCCUUACAUCAACGCACAGGCCAAGAUGGCAUCUGCGCUGGCUCUCUACUCCCCUCUCGACAGCGGCCGCGACGACAUCCGACUCCUUACUCUGAGCAACGCGCCAACUCCCUCUGAACUCGUGCAUUGCUGGCUUGAGAAGGUGUCGCUACAAGAUGUCCGUGACGAGUACGCUGCACACCUUGCCUCGGCAAAUGUCGUCGACAAGGUGCAGCGCAAAAAGAUCCUGCUGUGGGGUAGUCGACACGGUAUGCAGGAAGAUUCCGAUGGGGCCGAAAGAUGGGUGCCCCCAGAGGCUGCUCACCGGUUCUCCUGGGGAGAUUUUGCUGCCCUCUCCUACGUGUGGGGGUCGCCGAGGGAUCGGCGCGACAUCGUGCUCAACGGGGAGGUUACGUCGGUGACGAGGAAUCUGGAGAGCGCGCUUCGGGAACUCGCGCAACAGGGCCAUUUUCGGCAGCGCUACAAGCUCUGGGUCGACGCGGUCUGCAUCAACCAGUCCGAUGCGAGCGAGCGGGGUUCGCAAGUAAGCAAGAUGAGGGAGGUCUAUAAUGGCUCCUGGUCCGUCGUCGCAUGGCUCGGCGAAGGAGACGAGGACGCCGAUUUGGCGUUCGAUCUGCUCCGUCACUUCUCCACGAUGGCCCCUGAACAACAAAAGGAACUCGCCAGUCACCUUUUGAGGAGUCCGACGCUGCGAUGGACGAAGGCCUUCUACGGCCUGAACGAGCUGAUGAAAAGGCCGUAUUGGUUCCGGCUGUGGAUUGCUCAGGAGGUCAUCCUCGGCGGUUCCGCAGCUGUCCUCCGCUGCGGCAGCAAGCUCGUGGGGUGGCCGACUUUCUGCGCGGGUCUUGAUGUGUUGUUCCGACGGGACAUGUAUAUUGCCAAGGACAAGCUGUUGCAGAUCGAGGUCAGGAGGCGUCACUCGAGAAAGGACCCAGUCUGGCACACACUAAGCCUGCAUCUCGUGCACAAAGAUCUCUGGGCGCUGAGCAGGCAGAACGAAAAGGGCAACAGAUCGCCGGGGCUCCGGCGGCUUCUCGACAUCGCCUGCUCCUCGGAUUGCCGGGACAAGCGGGACAAAAUUUUCGCACUCCUGGGCAUGAUGGAGCCUCAGAUCGCCCGUGCCUUAGUCCAUGACUACUCGAUGAAGACUCCACAGAUCUUUGAGUCGGUGACGAGGCUCUUCAUCACGCAUUUCAAUAACCUGGAGCCGCUACGGGAGGGGAACCCGUGGGGCAAAACCGGCACCCCGUCGUGGGCGGCGGAUUGGACCUGGGACGGCCGGUUCCGGUAUUCUCGUGUCGACUCUCCCGUUUGGGGAGCGUGGCAGAAGACGGACGGUCCCGAGCCCGGGCGGGAGCAUGUCUACAGCGCUGCCGGCAACCAGGCCCCCCACUUCAGGUUCAUGGAAGUCGGUCUACUGGAAUGCAGCGGCUUUGUUCUCGACUCCGUCGCGGGGCUCGGAGCUCGAGCAAACGGCUACUUCGAUUGGCACAAACGAUCGAUCAGACAAGCACGGGGGUGGAAGAGCGCCUACGGAGGAAAUGUCGAGACGGCGACAGCCAUCGCUCAGACUCUGCUCCUUGGUCACGUCUCCGGCAGCCUGCCAGCUGAGUACCGGCACUCGGUAGCGAUGCUGCACCUACCCUGCACCUUUGACAUUGCUGGACCACAGUUUGCCCAGCGCGGGUGGGCAUGGUUGUCGUCCCAGGAGGGCUACUACUUCCGAUGGGAAUGCUGGCGCGCCGCUAAUGACACGCUGAAGGUGGGAGGCUUGCCACUGCACGCCUAUUUCGACGACAACAUCCCGUCCCGGGCGGAUGAGGCGGACUACAACCAUGUCUACGGCGCUUUUGACCGUACGUGCAAAGAGAGACGCCUCAUGCUCACCGAGCGGGGAUUCAUCGGCUGGGCCCCCGACAAUAUGUAUGGAAAGUACCAGGACCAGACGCGGAUUGGAGACGUGAUAUGCAUUCUCCACGGGCUCUCCGUACCUCUACUUGUGCGGCCGCUAAGGGAUAGGUGGCAGGUUGUUGGUGAGGCUUAUGUCCAAGGGUUUAUGAAUGGCGAGGCGCUUGCGCUGCUUGAGUCUGGCGACUGCAUGGAGAGAACAUUUGUGUUUUGCUAGUCACAGUUGAUACCGACCACUGCAGCCACGCGGAAGACUUUGCCGUACAUAGCUCGUUCCAACUAUGCCAUCCCCCCUAAUAGUUUCAAUAGUUAAGAUCACUGGGUACAGCCGGUCUCAAAGGACCUGUGUACCCGGCGCCGUCUUCGCUUCGAUGAUGUCCUUGAUUUUCUUUACUUCCUCUUCGUUCCUGCCGAUGAUCCUAAGGCGGUUGGUGUUUUUUCUGUCUCUGGUGACGGCAAGGCAACGCCACUAGGGUUGGUCGCCCGGCGCCCGGCGCUCGCAUCUCGUUCUCGAUGAGCUUGCGAAGAGCCACUGGUGUAGCCUCUCCGGUGUGUUCCUUCGGCAC